AUGAUGAAGGUUCAGGUCACCUCCAGAGAAAUCAUCAAACCAUCAUCUCCAACUCCCCAUCACCUACGCAGGUUCAAGAUCACCUUACUAGAUCAGUUAAUCCCUCGAAUGUACGUACCUAUGCUAUUGUUCUACUCCAGCAAAGAUGGCUGUAACAUUGAAACUGUUGAAAGAACUCAACAGCUAAAGAAAUCUCUAUCAGAGACCUUGACCGGCUAUUACCCAUUGGCUGGGAGGAUUAGAGAAGACAGUUCUAUAGUUGAAUGUAACGACGAGGGUGUCGACUUUUCUGAGGCCAGAGUCGAUGGUCGGCUCUCGGAGUUCCUGGAGCAACCCUAUGUUGAAGUACUGGAUCAAAUGGUUCCUUGCAAUUACCACUUCGCUAAGUCAGGCCUGGACGUCCUCCUAGCUGUCCAAGUCAACUUAUUCAACUGUGGUGGAAUGGCCAUUGGUGUGUGCAUUUUUCACAAGGUUGCCGAUGGGACCACGAUAGCCACAUUCAUCAAUCGGUGGGCCAGCCAAUCGCAUGGCACCAGUGACACCACAGGUCCUGACUUCCAGUCUUCCACAUUUUUCCCGACCGAAGGGCCUGAGCCAUUAUUUGCUUUUGUCACAAAAGAGAACGUUGUGACAAAGAGAUUUGUGUUUGACGCAUCUAAGAUUGCCGCCCUUAGGGAUAGACCGUCCAUUGAUUCGCAGGUAGGACGCCCCACGCGUGUCGAAGCAUUGACAGCACUUAUCUGGCGAUGUAUCAUGAGGACAAGUGGAGAAGAGGGGUCUGUGAGGGCUUCUCUGGCAGUACAUGCCGUGAACUUGCGAGGAAGGAUGUCUCCUCCAUUGCCAGACCAUUCCUUUGGGAAUAUUAUAUUCAUUGCGACUUCAGUGGUGACGGAGAAAGAGUGCCUUGAAGACAUGCAAUGUUAUCUUGAGCGAAAGCUAAGGGAUGCAAUAAGAGCAGUAAACAGUAAUUCCAUAAAAGAACUGCAAAAACCAGAUGGGAUUUCACGGGCUCUUGCAGCCAUAAGUUCUGAAGUUGGAAAAUAUGUUGACUGUGGUAUAGACUACUGUUAUUUUAGUAGUUGGUGUAGAUUUCCUCUCUACGAAGUGGACUUUGGGUGGGGGAAGCCCGCGUGGGUUAGUAUUGCCACUUUACUACUUAAGAAUUUAGUUAUCCUGAACCGGACAAGAUGUGGUGAUGGAAUUGAAGCUUGGGUGAACAUGGAGGAUGUUCACAUGGCUAAAUUUGAACAGGACCAAGAGCUCCUUUCCUUUGUUUCGUCUCCAUUGAAAACUGGUUGA